CCACCGGGGGGCGGCGGUUGCUGCCACCGCUGCCGGCGGCCGAGGGACUUCCGCGCUGCACCUAGAGGGAAGCGCCCGGCCCCCGCGCGGAUGGGGAGCGGCGGCGGCGGCGGCGGAAGACGAAGGCGGCGGGCAGGACCACGAGCACAGCGGCGCUCCCGGGGCGACUGACGGCGCGGCGGCGAUUGCUCGCCCCAGGGCGAGGGCGGCGGCGCGCGGGGCACGGAGCCGCCGUCGGGCCGGCCGGCCGGCCGAGGGGAUGUUGCGGUGGAUCCGACAGCAGCUGGGUUUUGACCCACCACAUCAAAGUGAUAGCCGAACUAUUUAUAUUGCAAAUCGUUUUCCCCAGCAUGGCCAUUAUGUUCCUCAGAAGUUUGCAGAGAACAGAAUAAUUUCCUCUAAGUAUACAGUAUGGAAUUUUGUUCCCAAGAAUUUAUUCGAGCAGUUCAGAAGAGUAGCCAACUUUUAUUUUCUUAUUAUAUUUUUGGUUCAGCUCAUGAUAGAUACACCUACAAGUCCAAUUACGAGUGGAUUGCCGUUGUUUUUUGUAAUAACUGUGACAGCCAUAAAGCAGGGCUAUGAAGAUUGGUUACGGCAUAAGUCAGACAAUGAAGUAAAUGGAGCUCCAGUCUAUGUCGUCCGCAGUGGUGGCCUUGUAAAAACUAGAUCAAAGAACAUUCUGGUGGGGGAUAUUGUCAGAGUAGCCAAAGAUGAAACCUUCCCUGUUGAUCUUGUGCUUCUGUCCUCUGAUAGAGCGGAUGGCUCUUGUUAUGUAACUACUGCAAGCUUGGAUGGAGAAACUAAUCUUAAGACACAUGUUGCAGUUCCAGAAACUGCAGUAUUGCAGUCAGUGGCCAACCUAGACAAGCUUGUAGCCGUUAUAGAAUGCCAGCAACCAGAAGCAGAUCUCUACAGAUUUGUUGGCCGAAUAACAAUAACUCAACAAAUUGAAGAAAUAGUACGACCUCUUGGGCCUGAAAGUCUCUUACUCCGUGGAGCAAGACUGAAAAACACAAAAGAAAUAUUUGGUGUUGCAGUGUAUACAGGAAUGGAGACAAAGAUGGCACUGAAUUACAAGAGCAAAUCUCAGAAGCGAUCAGUAGUAGAAAAGUCUAUGAAUUCCUUCUUGCUUAUCUACCUAAUAAUCCUCCUUUUUGAAGCCAUUCUGAGUACAAUAUUGAAAUUCGUGUGGCGAUCUGAGGAAAUGUGGUAUAACCAGCAAACUGAUCAUGAAAAAAACAGCAGUAAGAUCCUGAGCUUUAUUUCAGAUUUCCUCGCUUUCCUGGUACUUUACAACUUUAUUAUACCCAUUUCACUUUAUGUGACUGUUGAGAUGCAGAAAUUUCUUGGGUCUUUCUUUAUUGGUUGGGAUCUUGACCUUUAUCAUGAAGAAACAAAUGAAAAGGCACAAGUAAAUACUUCAGACCUCAAUGAAGAGCUGGGACAGGUGGAGUAUGUGUUUACAGAUAAAACUGGUACAUUGACUGAAAAUGUGAUGCAGUUUCGGGAAUGUUCUAUUAAUGGUAUCAAGUACCAAGAGAUCAAUGGCAAAUUGGUUCCAGAGGGACUGAUGGAGGAUGUUCCAGAUGGAAUAAAGCCUAGUUUUACACAGGAGGAAGAAAUGUUCCUGAAAGCUGUCUGUCUCUGUCACACAGUGCAGAUUAAUAAUGACCAAACUGAUGGCAUCUGUGACAGUCCCUGGCAUAGCAAUGGCAUAUCAUCUCAGCUGGAAUACUAUGCCUCCUCCCCUGAUGAAAAGGCCUUAGUCGAAGCUGCCCGAAGGGUUGGCUUUGUGUUUACUGGAGCAAGCGUAGAAUUUAUGGACCUUAAAAGCUAUGGAAAGCCAGAAAGGUACAGAUUGCUACAUGUUUUGGAGUUCAGUGCAGAUCGUCGAAGGAUGAGCGUAAUUGUAGAGAGUCCAUCAGGAGAAAAACUCUUAUUCAUCAAAGGAGCAGAAUCUGUUAUUCUUCCUCGGAGUAAAGAUGGAGAAAUUGAAAAAACAAGAAUCCAUGUGGAUGAAUUUGCUUUGAAAGGACUAAGGACUCUGUGUGUAGCGUACAGAACAUUCACAGCAGAGGAAUAUCAGGAAGUGGAAAAGCGUCUUCAUGAGGCCAGAACUGCCUUACAGCAACGAGAAGAGCGGGUGGCAGAGGUGUAUAACUUCAUAGAAGACGACUUGGUAUUACUUGGAGCUACAGGAGUAGAAGACAAACUCCAGGAUAAAGUCCAAGAGACCAUAGAAGCCCUCCGACUGGCGGGUAUCAAAGUGUGGGUGCUCACUGGCGACAAACAUGAAACAGCUGUUAAUGUCAGCUUGUCGUGUGGACACUUCCAUAGAACCAUGAAUAUCCUGGAACUUGUGCAGCACAAAUCAGACAGUUCAUGUGCAGAGCAGCUGAGGCUGCUAGCCAGGAGAAUACAGGAUGACCACGUGAUCCAGCAUGGGCUGGUGGUGGAUGGGACCAGCCUCUCCCUUGCACUUAGGCAGCAUGAGAAGCUCUUCAUGGAAGUCUGCAGGAAUUGCUCGGCAGUCUUGUGCUGUCGCAUGGCACCUCUGCAGAAAGCAAAGGUCGUUCGACUGAUAAAAACCUCUCCAGAGAAACCUAUCACGUUAGCUAUUGGUGAUGGGGCUAACGAUGUGAGCAUGAUACAAGAAGCUCAUGUUGGGAUAGGUAUCAUGGGCAAAGAAGGAAGGCAAGCUGUAAGAAAUAGUGACUAUGCAAUAGCAAGAUUUAAGUUCCUUUCCAAGUUACUUUUUGUUCAUGGCCAUCUUUACUAUAUUAGAAUAGCAACCCUUGUACAGUACUUUUUUUACAAGAAUGUGUGCUUUAUUACUCCACAGUUUUUAUAUCAGUUCUUUUGUUUGUUUUCACAACAAACUCUGUAUGACAGUGUAUAUCUGACUUUGUACAACAUUUGUUUCACUUCCCUACCAGUCCUUAUGUACAGUCUCUUUGAGCAGCAUGUGAACCCUCACGUGUUACAUAGCAAGCCAGCACUCUAUCGAGACAUCAGUAAAAAUGCCCAUUUGGGCUUCAGACCUUUCCUUUACUGGACCUUUUUGGGCUUCUCUCAUGCAUUUGUUUUCUUCUUUGGCUCAUAUUUCCUGAUGGGGGAAGACACGUCUUUGCUAGGAAAUGGCCAGAUGUUUGGAAACUGGACAUUUGGAACUCUAGUCUUCACUGUCAUGGUUAUAACAGUUACGAUGAAGAUGGCAUUAGAAACUCAUUUCUGGACGUGGAUAAACCAUUUUGUUACCUGGGGCUCCAUUAUCUUUUACUUUGUAUUCUCCCUGUUCUAUGGUGGAAUUAUCUGGCCCUUUUUGCACACCCAAGAUAUGUACUUCGUAUUUGUUCAAUUGCUGUCCAGUGGUUCUGCUUGGUUUGCCAUAAUCAUCAUAGUUGCCACUUGUUUGUGUUUUGAUAUUGUGAAAAAAGUACUGUACAGACACCUGCAACCUACAAGUACAGAAAAAGCCCAGAUGUACUCCAGCAGAGUUGCUUUAAGUGACGAAUGCAUCGCACUGCAGCCAUUGUCCAGGGCAACGAGUCAGCUGAGCAAAAUUAGUUUACUGAGGCAGGCACAGGUAUCAACUGCUUGGACUCCAUGUGUUGCAUCUCAGAUGGGGAAACAGCGUGCACAUCUGUUGGAAGAAUGUUGGAACGAAUGAUGAGAAGGUGCAGCCCCACCCGAGUCAACAGGUGUGGAAUUUCUCUCAAUUGCCUUUGCUGCAGACGCUUCUCCUAUAAACUGGAGCGGGAUGACCCAGCAGCUGUAGCUGUCUAGCAAAAGGCAGGAAAAAGCACCCCUCAUGGGCACGUUCGUAGGUCUUAAAGGAGCGACACUUUUGCUUUUGCAGGGAAGAUAAUAGGGUGUCUUCGUAUUAUCGCUGUGACUUGUUCCAGAAGUUGUUAAAUCUUUCUGAUAACAUGUUUGCUCAGAUGCAGCAGCUGUUGUGUGCCUAAAGCAGGUCUGACAUGCGCACGAUGUUUCGGAUGAGCUCGGCCUUCCUUGUUCUCUGAUCCCCCCCAGUGCCAAUGAACAGAACAAGGCAGCUCUUGCUCACGCUGAGCUUCAUGUGUGUGCCAGAACCCUUGAAACGGACAUCAUUUUGUUGCUUUUCUUCUGCUCAUGUAUCAGUGCAGCUUUUUCCUCUUGCUUUGUGCAUCCUUUUCCCUAAAAUUCGGUCAGUGGCCUCGUUUGUUCUCCUGAUUUUAGCUCUUUUGCCUUCACAAAUUGGUAACCUGUUUGUGGUAUCAAAAGGCUUAUCCCUUUUAUGCUCAUUAUCCUUCGUCUGCUCACUAGUCAUACUACAACUUCUGAUUCUAGAUGUACACAGAUUGCAUUUUCUCUCCAGUAUAUAUCUCUCUGUAGAAGGAAAGGUUGGGAGGUUUGCUUUGGAGGCUUUUCUUACUGUUGAUUAGGAGCAAAGAACAGUAUUUUUAGAUAAUAUGGAAUGCAACUUUUAUACACUUAAUUGAACAAAGAACACAUCGUAAACAGUGCCAAAAUGUUCCAAAAUUAUGUUUAAAAAAAAAAACUCAACCAUUUUCUACUUCUACCAGCUCUGUGUGCCACUCAGUUUUUAAGUGCUAAAUUAUUCUGAAAUUGUAGCUGCUGAUUUUUAAAGCCACACUUUCAAGAGAGUGUUGAUAAAUAUCCCUGAUGAGUAUAAUUAUGUCCAGCAAUUUCAUAAUCGGCAGAAAGUAUUUGCAGCUGCAUCCUCCCAAUGAAAGAAGAAUAAAAACAACAAAAUGACAAAAAUGCAGAGAUAUUUGCAGGCAAGAAAAUCAGCUUUUGCACGUCACUUUAAAUGCUUCUCAUGAUAUCACGGCCAGCCUCAUUUCUCUUCUACGUGAAUCACUGAAAGGCUUUCAGGCAUCUGCCGGGAGCACAUUUUGCAAUCCGAAUUACAGUUGGACAGUAGAUUGGCAGUGUUUCCUCCUGCUGAUGUGAGAACCAUGGGAAAGCUCUUCGGUUAGGUGAUGCUCAGGUGUGCGUAGGUGUGUGCAAAGAGCGCUGCAGUGCCUGCAUGUCCUUUUCUCCUAUUCCGCAACCCAUCUGGGGAUACACCAGGAUUCCGUUCCAUUGGGUGGUUUUGAAGAGACACACAAAACACCUGAGCAGUUUAUCAGUGCCUAUGAUCAGGUUUAAAGUCUGUGAUCUCCUUCAUAACUUGUACGGACACCAUCUGCCAGUAUUAAUUGUACUUCCAGUGCUGACUUUUCUCCUGGUGGUUUCUUUUUCAGGUUUUUUUUUUAUAACAAACUUACAUCUUAACCCUAUGUUUGUGGCUCCCUCACAAGUAUUAAAUGCCAUCAUUCCAUAAAAAAAGGGAAUAGUUCCAAAUCUGGCUUGUUUGUUUUUUCAAAUAACCAGUCUCACUUUGUAUACAGAGCUGGCAUGGUCUAUAAAAUAAAAGUUCUAUGAGAGAGCUUUAAAACAAGAGGAGUUUUUGAUUGGUCUGGUGUUAGCAUUUCCCCCCCUGUAACGGCCGCUGCUUCAGUGCAUCUUCUGCUGCUGCCAUGCCUGCUCUUCUGUUAGGGCUGUCAGGGCUAUCUGUUAGAGAGAGAAGGGCUAUCUGUUAGAGAGAGAAGUGACACAUAACACUCUGUUCUGUUUUCUGUGUGAAGAAGAAGGAAAAGGACACAGUCCUACGCCUGUUGAGACAGGAAAAUAUCCUACAGCUUCCAGCACGGCUGACUGGGUCAUGGUGGGAGUUUUAGGAUUUUUCUGCCUCAUCCUGCAUAGGCUUGUGCCCUAAAUCAGGUCACGAAUGUUUUUGCCUAAGUAUGGUUCUUGCAAAGGUAGGUAUAUUCUGCUUUGUGCUCAAGUCUAAAUAAAGAUUCAGUGGUUUUUGAUUUUCUUUCUGGGACAUCUGUAAAUGUACAACCAUCGUAAGGGAUUAAAGUCUCAUAUUUGACAAAAUAGAGCACUUCAGAGAGUAUUGAAUGCAUCCUUACCUGGUUCAUUAAAAAGCUAAUAGAUACAUGAAUGUUGCCAAAGGGCUACAGCUUUUUACUGGAUCAAAGUUAAACUCUGCUCAAAUUUGAUUUUAUUGCAGACCAUUUCCUUGAAAGAGACAAAAUAUCAAAAGUUCUCAGGCAGUGGUAGUUUGUUUGACUUAAGCAGGUUGAAAAUUGCACCGUACUUGGUGUACCUUCCACAAAUGAUAUGUAACCUGGUCUGGUCACGAACUGAGAAAUGCUCGGCUAUUAUAGGCACGCUAGAAGUUGUGCCUAUAAUAAUCCCAUGGCCAAACAAAUUAUAGUUCACCUUCUAGUCUGCUUCUGUCAUAGGAAGAUUGAUAGCAUGGACGAAACGUCCCCGUGGCCACCGUGUAGUUCUGCCUUUCCACCACUCUGGAACGUCCCCAGCCCGGCUGACCUCACAUGCGGUACAAAUAACAUGGGCCAGGCUGGCCCUGCGUUUUGGUUGCCGCAGUCAUCAGUCCUCCUGAUUUCACCCACCCUGGGAGUGUUUUGCGGUGCUGAAGGGGCCGCUCAGGGAAGUCUCAGUCUGGCCUGUCAUAUUCUGUCAAAUAUGAGGAUUGGAGUGUGAAAUAAGUUACCUGGUGACAUUCUGCAUGGGAGCUCUUCUGCUUUAUCUAAUGGUCUUUAAAUGCUUGGAGUGGGGCGGACAGGGAUGUUGGACUUAAUUCCUCCUUAAUGCCCUUGAAAAUAUAAUCUUGGAGAGACAAUUCUAGGAUUCCUGAGAUUUCACUGAUUUCAAAGCAGAACUUGUGCAUGGCUUUUCUAGAUUGCCAAAACAUGCUGCUCAUGUGUCUUCCAUCACAGUUUGCCAUUGCAUCAGCCAUUCAAACAUUAAUGUUGGGUCCUACAGUUUCAUUGAACCAUUCAUGUUUACAGUAACGUGUUCAACAGAUUUCAGAUGGAUUGUGUGGAGUGGAUAGGUACUCCCACUGCGGCUUGUUUUCAGUUUUGGUUUUAAAUAUUUGCUGUGCUCAUUUACACCCUUUUCCUAAAAUAGGUCUGGCACAAUUCAGUUACUCCGGCAUUUAUCUUUAACCCGGAACACAAUGGGUUGACUGUCUUUCCUGUGAGAGGAAACUGAUCUGUGUCCAAUGGAUGGUGCUCCUGCGUGCUUGUGCACAUGCAUGAGCUCACACUUGCCUGCAUAUGUGCUAAGCAUUCACCUCCAUUGAAGAUACUGCGACAGCUCUGUCUGUACGUGUUGGAUUUUGGAUCACUGCCGUUAUGUGAAUUUAAGCCCCACGCAAGCAAAAUAACCUUGUUUCCACAUUAUAGCUGGGAUCCAUCAAUAACUUCUUACCAUCAUCCACACACAAACUACACAGGGAAUUUCUCCCAUUCUCUUCUGCAGUCUGGAAAUUUAUGCAUCUCUGCAUAAUUCUGUUUGGAUCAUGUUCAGAGAACAUAUUGGGCUGUGAAUCAGCCUCUUAAGAGUCCUUUUUAUUUUAGAUUUUCUUUUUAAAAACACCCAAACCAAAAUCAAUGUUUCCAGUCAGCAACUUCUUUCUUAUUGUUACUUUAGAUCAUGGAGCGCUACGGAACCCUUCUGUACCAACGACCGAAGCAUCUUGACGCUGUCCACAAUGGACUCAAUUGCAUGUUGAGACUUUUCUCAGUAUCUUAUGGAAAUUGAUGUGCUUGCUCAGAACCUAGGUUAUCAAUGGGUUCCAUAACCACUUCUCUGUUUUAACAAGUCUCCCGAUUCUAAUUCACUUUAGAAAAAUGUUUCCUGACUGCCUCCAGCCCAGUGCCCCCAACCCUCAAUUAUGGGAGAAUUUUUUUUAGAUUAUUUGUUUCCUGCCAACAGAUUGGGUGGAAUUGGUGACAUUUGAUUUGAAUGUCACUUGGGAGGCAGUGAUCGAAUGAUUAAAAUAGAAAAGUUGAUUUUUGGAAGCUUCAACUUAGUAUGGGCAGGAAGACGUGUUGAAAUGUUGCUCGUUGAAGCUGUAACCUUUUAGCAUUGUUCUAAUGGAUUCUUGGCUUUCUGUGGUCAAUCAGAUCAACCAUACAUUGCAAUCACUUUUCAUUUUUAAGUGAGCUUGCUUCCUAAAUCUGCACAGCUUAGAAAGAUAAUCAAGGUAUUGGACCACCCAGCAUCGACGUGGUAGCAGCUCCAUGCACUCCACAGAUGGGAAGCACAGAGUAUAGCUUCUUCAUGCUUUUUUGUUAACUAGCCUUGGGAGAUUCUGGACACGGCAUGGAAGCUGCUUUUUAUAUCCCUUCCCCAAUAUAUGUAUGGAGCCCAUACUAUACACUUGACGAAAGCACAUAAAAAUAUGUUUUGCAGGAGCUGCAAAAGUAACGGUGGCACUUGUAGAUUGUUAACAUCAAAUUAACCCCAUGCUAUUCAAAGCUAUGUAAGGAAUGAGACUGCAGAACGUGGCCUUAAUGUGAAGAACUUGUGUGUUUGCAAAACGGGAUUUUGCUUUUCCUUGCUUUGAUCCAAAGACUGCUUGUCGACCAAGCACUUUGCGAAAUGCUGAGAGCAGCAGGCCCUGUGUCUCCUUCCUGCCCCUUCCUAAUGCCAUCAAGCAAAUGGCAGUGGGGGUCCUGCAGUGCCUUGCAUGUGUGACCCCCACCCCAGUCCCACUGCACUGAGGGCUGUUCCGGAAGGGUGGAGAGUGAGCCGAGUGCCUCGCCCCGUCCUUCCACCAGGCCCCCUUGGCAUGAAGCGGGGCUGCUGCUCUUGGCCUUUGGACUCUCACUUCUUUCCCACUUUUGAGGGCACCUUUUCCAGUGGGGUGCGUGGCUUCUUCCCCACCUGGGACAGGGGUGGGGAAUUUCUCAUCGCGCAUAGUGAUUAUUGUAUGAUCCACUGGAUACUUGCAAAUUGUACCAUUGCUAGGAACGUCUGCCAGCUGUAUUUUUCACAAGUGCAUUUUUCCAGAGGAGGAGGAAUUGUUCUGCUCUGGCAACACUCUUACUCAUUUCAGUGUGGUUUGCAAGGACAGCUUUCCAAAGGAUCAUGCCCCCCCACCCCCACCCCCACCACCCUGUAAUCAGAUGACUGUUGCUUGCACCAAUUACUUUGGCUUCUUUCCCCUGCCUCUUUGAAUGCUCUUAUUCACAAGUGGCCCACUCCAUCAAUUUCAUAAAUCACUCCUUCAUAGACAGCGUUGCCAUUCUGGUUUGCCAUUUCAUCGUGUCAAAUAAGCUUUUUAGAAAAGGCAUCAGACUUAAGCAGUUCAGCUCCAAGCAUUUAUUCACAUCCAUGCUGUAGAAUUGUUUUGCUUGUGUUUCACUAGCAGAGUUAGACUGUAAAUAUUUUAUCCACAGAUGUACAAUUCUUAUUUGAAGUUGAACUGACUUCCAUUUUUCUGAACUCCCCAUUUCUCCCCCCUCUCUCCUCCCCUCCUCAGUGUGUGUAAGGGUACAGAAGAAGCAUGCAUUUAAACAAAUUCAGAAGGAAUAUAAGAAUUCAUCUGUCCAAGCCAGGUAUAACCACCUAUCUAAGGAAACAAGCAGACAUAUAAAGUGAAGAUGUAUUUCAUUGUUCCAUUUGUGUGUACAUGAUAAACAGGACUUGGGCCAAAUGGAAGCAGAGCAAUUAUAUUUUGUAUUGGACCACAACUACUUUUCUAAUUCCUUUAAACAGAAGAAAGAAUCAUGUUUGUGUAUUUUGAUAACUUGGUAUGUUUAGUUCUAGGUUCACAGUCAUGGGUGGAUGUGUAUGCAGAGCAGAAUGGACCAAGUCUUGAAAUGCAAUGUGAAAUUAAUGAGUAAGAUCACAUGGGGCAAAUACGAGAACGGGGAAGUGUGCCGAUGUUUUUUCUGCCAGGGGGAAUGCUGGGACACCAACAAGGCGCCUCGUCUCUGUUACAAUGCACUGCACUGCUGCCUCUCAGACAGAAUCAGAACUAGCGAGCCCCACAAUCCCAGCUUGCGGGACUCACCGGUCAGAUGUUUGUAUGUGAUUCCUGGCCCUGUGCACCAUGGAGUGCGGAUGAGCAUGAUGCCCCUCUGACCCAGACCUGUGGGGUCCGUGUGAGUUUGGAGGGCUUUGCUUGCAGUAGGGCCCUCAAAGAAGGAGCUCUCCUUCGAACUGAUGCCAGUGGAAAACUUUGUCUUCCCUGCAUGUUGCUCAUUAGAAUUGCUGAGCAGAGGGGGUGGGCGGCUGGUGUUGGGUGUCCAUGAGCUUCAGAAAUCCUUUUCUUCUGUGCAAGAUGAUGUGGCAUCAAACCCCUCCUUUCUGCCACAGUCCUACAAAGAAUGGCCAGUGUGGUUCCCCCCCCCCCCCACACACACACACACACAGUAGCUUUUCCAUGUCUCAGGGUAGCUCUGUAUGUUGGUGCCAGGUAGCUACACAUUUCCAGGUUUACAGCAACCCUAUUCUUAAUAUAUUCUGACUGUUCUAAAUAUCACACAUAGAUUUUGGAGUAUGUUCCCUGCCUUCCUUUGAGGUGGAGGCAGCUUUAAGCAAACUUUAGUCUGUUUUGGCUUCACUAACAAACUUGAUGAUGCCUUCUGCUCCUUUAAUUUCCGCCCCCCCCCCAAAUUAUUAUUUUUUUUUUUUUGAGAUAUAAUUGACUCAAAGAGCAUGGAAGGAAGCCAUCCUUUUCUUAUUACGCUUAAUUGCACAGCCUUACUAAGUUCAAGAGUGCAAUUCAGGGGAAGCUUGGAUGUGCUGAAGGAACAUGGAAACCAACAAGACUUGGAGUCCCAUAGAACCAGAUCGGGCACCCAGUCGAGGGCACAAGUCUGUUUGGAGUAACUCCAAGUUCAGCCACUGUUUCUGUGGAACCUGACUAGGAAAGUGCUACUGUCAUUAUAUCGCUCUUGUUGAAUUCCCACAGGCAUCCAGUUGGCUGCUCUGGAAACCAGAAGGCCAGACCAGACAGUCUUUGGUCUGAUCCAGGAGGGCAGGGCUGUUCCACUCUUUCAGGCAACCAAUUCAGGGGAAUGGCAGGUUUGGGAGUGUUAACUGUUGUUCUGUGUUCAGAGACUUUCUGGGCUUCGGGCACUUCCUGUAUGUAGCCGCUAGGUGAUUCUAGUGACCUCCCAGAGUCAGCUAAUUUCAGUCAGAUUGCUUACUUGGAUGUUAAGUGUUUGCAGCUGCUUCGCAGAUUCAUAGAGUUGGAAGGGGCCAGAGCGCCACCGGUUCCAUCCCCCGGCUCAGCGCAGGACUCCAAACCCUCCCGCUCAGAUGGCCAUCACUUGCAUCUUGAAUGCCUCUGGUGUGGGAGAACCCAGAACCCCCUCUUGGUAAUUGGUUCUAUUGCCGCACUGCUCUAACAGUCAGGAUUUUUUCCCCUGAUAUCUUGCUGGAAUCCGCCUUUUUUAACUUUACCCUGUUAUUUCAUGCACUGCACUCUGGGAUCAGUGAGAAGUGAUCCUGUCCUUCCUCUUCGUGACAGCUUUUCAAGUACUGGUAGAGUGUUAUCCUGCCCCCCCCCCCCAAUCUUCUCUUCUCUUCUCUUAAGUCCAAAUAUGCCCAGUUCUUUCAAUCUCUCCUCACAGGGCAUUGCCUCCAAUCCCUGGGUCAUCCUUGCUGGCCUGCUCUGAACUCUUUCCAGCUUGUCCGCAUCUUUCGUAAACUGUGGUGCCCAGAACUGGACACAGCACUCCAGAGGAGGCCUGACCAGCACUGAGUAAAGGGGAACCAGUACCUCUCUUGUCCAGAAGUGAUGCUUCUGUUGAUGCAUCCCGGAACAGCAUUUGCCCUUUUUGCAGCCACACCACAUUGUCGACCGAGACGCAGCUCAUGAUCUACAAUUCCAAGAUCCUUCUCAUUUGCAGUAUUGUUCAGUCGAGUGCUCCCCAUCUUGUAACGAUGCAUUUGGUUUCUUUUUCCUUGAUGCAGAACUUGGCAUGUGUCCUGAUUAAAUAUCAUUCUGUUGUCUUCAGCCCAGCCCUCUAAACCUUUCGAGGAUCACCUUGCAACUUGUUUCUGUCUUCCGAGGCAUUAGCUGACCCACCCAGGUUUGUGUCAUCUGCAGAUAUGAUAAUCGUUCCCUGCACUUCCUCAUCCAGGUCAUUAAUGAAAACGUUGAAGAGCACUGGGCCCAGGACUGAACCCUGCAGGACCCCACUUGAUUCCUCUCCCCACUUUGAGAAGGUGCCAUUGAUGAGCACUUUUUGAGUCCAAUUCUUUAGUCAGCUGUGGAUCCACCUGAUGGUAGUUUCACCUGGCCUGCUUUUGGCAAGCUUGCUAAUCAGGAUACCGUGGAGCACUUUGUCAAAAGCUUUGCUGCAGUCAAGAUAGAUUACAUCCACAACAUUCCCACAGUCCGUCAGUUCACUCAAAAGGUGAAAUUGGAUUAGUCUGCAGGAUAUGUUCUUGACAAAUCCAUGCUAGCUUCUAAUAGUCACUGCAUUGUUUUCAAAAUGUUUGCAGACUGCUUUAUAAUCUGUUCCAGAAGUUCCUCAGGGAUUGAUGUCAGACCCACUGCUUUGUAGUUCCUAGGUCCUUCUUUUUUCCUUUCUUGAAGACUGGGACAACUUUUUUCCUUCAGUCAUCUGGCUGUCCUCCAUGAUUUCGCAAAGAUAACGGACAGUGGUUCUGAGAGUUCUUCUGCCAGCUCCUUUAUAGCUCUAGGAGGUUCAUCAGGCCCUGAAGGUUUGCACUCGUUCAGCCCAAUUAGAUGAUCUUUGACCAUUUGCUUAUUAAUCUUGAGCUACCACCUUGCUCCACCAGCUUGUACUUCCCCCUUUUCAGGAAAGCCAUAGAUGAUCUUUUGGGAGAAGUUUGAUCCACAGUAGGAGUGGAGCAUUUCUGCCUUUUAUCUGCCAUCUGUUAUUUUGCCAUCCACACUGAGAAGCUGAACCCCCAUUCCUUUCCUCUCUUUUUUUUUUACUUCAGACGUAUCUGAAGAAGGCUGUUUUGUUGCUUUGCUAGCCUUGGUUCAUUCCUAGUUUUAGCCUACCUUCCCUGCAAUUCCUUCCCAACACCUUCCCUGCAAUUCCGUGGCACUAGCUUGUAUUCUUCCUUUGUAGCCUGACCUUCCUUCCUAUUCCUGUACAUGCUUUUUCUUUUCUUUGCAUCAUCUUUACACUUUUUGUGAAACCAUGUGAGCUGCUUCAGUUCUGCCCUUUUUCCUUGUUGGAGUUGUUUGUAAUUAUGCCUGUAGAAUUUCUGUUUUAAAAAAAAUUCUACCCAUCUUGGACUCCUUUUCUCAUUAGAAUCACUUGCUGUGGGACUUUUCUAUCAUUGGUCUGAAUUUAUUAAAAUUGACUUUCUAGAAUUCCAGGGUACACGUUUGGCUACAUUCAAUUUUUGCUUCCUUUAGAAUCAAGAACGGCACGGUCACUUUCCCCCCGAUUUCCCAUAGCUGUUCCUUUGUCCACUGGGUCUUCCAUGUUAGUAUCAAGUCAAGGAUAGCCAUUGCUCUUGCUCCUUCCUGCACUUUCUCUUGAAGUUACCAGCAACACGCGUUAGGAAUCUCUUGAAGGAACGGUAUUUGGGCAGGAUUAGUCUCCCAGCUGAUAAUGGGGUAAUUGAAGUCUCCCAUGAGAUGACAUCGUGCCUCCUUGAAACACUAGCGUUUGCUUUCCGUCCUCGUCUUCUCCUUGACCGGGUGGUCGGUAAUAGACUCCAACCACUCCUUUUACUCCUGGUUCCAUUUACAUUAAUCCGGAGGUUGUCAGUGAACAAAUGGUUAAGUGAGAAGACGGUGACGACACAUUCUGAGCAUCAUCUGCACCCAGCAGGCCCCCGAGUGAUGCAGAAUUUCCCCCGUGCCUGCUGGGUGCUUGCGAGUCUCCCUGGCUCUUGGCCUACAAAUCGUCAGAGUGGGGUGGCCCAGCGCUUCUGCGCAUGCGCUCUACAUGCUGAGUCUGCAGAACAGCACCAGGUCGGUGCCUGGUAUUUCCAGGAAGGCACUCGGACAGCCACUGCAGCAGCCACGCUGGCUCAGGUGACGGGCAUCCAGUAGAGCUGUGGUGUGCGGAAUGUUGAACUUGUUGGAAGCAGCACGCGCCACCUUCCCUGUGGCAGACCUGAGGUGUGUGGUAAGGAUUCAGCUGGAAACACUCUUUGCUGCUUCCCCUGCCCACGGCAUUCUCAGGGUUGUAAUUCAGAGCAAAUAGUAAGACACUUCUGCUCGAGCUCAUCAGCCAUCUUGGGACAAGUACGUGGUAGAGAGGAAGAAGGCCGGGCAAGCAGUCCACCUGCCGUGCAUGACUUGAGGAGAAAAGGGCAUCUCCUUCAGUCUGGAUCCAUGUUGGAAGGUAGGGUUGCAGGUGGGUCCUGGCCUUGGGAAGGGCUCCAGGUCAAGCCAGCCUAACCAGUAUGUCAGCUGCCGCCACAAGGGGCACUGGAUCCUUGGUUGGCCAUGUUUAGAAAGGCACUGAACCGCCAUAACGACAGACAGGUGUCUGUGCCUAAAAAGUAUGCAAGGGCUUAGAAUGGGGGACUGGGCAGCCUGUAGGGAGUUCUUCAGUGUCUCAUCAUCCCCAAUCCAGAGGCAAGCAAUGACGUGCCUAAGACUGCCAUCCUGUGCAUGCUUACCUGUGAGUAAGGUCCAUUGCAUAUGGCAGGACAUACUUGGGAUUGCACUGGGUAGACGCGCUGAUUUAAGCUUCCCUGGAUGACUGGAUUAGGGCCAAAUUUGUGUUUCAGGACUAUCCUAUGUAACCAGUCAGUGCUAAUGUUUUGCACUCUGCUUUGACCAUGUACUGUCAUUGCCUCAGAGGAGCUCUCUUUACUUUUUUAGUAUGGGAUAAAAGCUGUACACACUCCUUUUGAAGACUCUAUUGUGAAAUAUUUUUUUAAAGUUAGGGUUUCCGAUACAUCGAUCUGACUACACCAAAGACUGCUUCAGAAGACAUGCUUCAUUUCAGGUCGGGUUGUUUCUGCCCCUGGACUCCUGAAGAAAUCGGCAGCUGUCUUAGUUCUGAACCACAUGCAUGGCUGGGUGUGCUGCUCCCAAGCUUUGGAAAGUGCCCGCACGUUUUGGAACCCCUUCAAGGAGUACUGCCAGUCGGAACCCGAAGCAAUAAUGGGUACCCAGCCAUCCUGGCCACAGCCACCGUGGCUCAGCUGCUCUCUGGCAGUGGAGUUUAAUACAGCGUGCUUACUGUACUGCUAUGUCGAUGUUCUACAGAGGUUUAUGGAAAUUAUAUUUAUUGAAUAAAAUUUUGACGUAACUGGC